AUGGGCAACUCAACCAGCGCGAACAAGAUCUCAGCCCAGGAUAAGGCGAUCCUGGAUAUGAAGAACCAGCGCGAUAAGCUACGACAGUACCAAAAGCGCAUCACCGUCCUCACAGAUCGCGAGAAGGAGAUCGCUAAAGAGUGCUUAGCUAAAGGCGAUACAAAUAAGGCGAAACUCGCACUGAGGAGAAAGAAGUACCAAGAGGGUCUCUUAUCCAAGACUGAUGCACAGCUAGCGCAGCUCGAGAUCCUGACGAGUGAUGUCGAGUUCGCCCUAGUACAGAAGGAUGUCUUGUUCGGCCUGCAACAGGGAACUGCAGUGCUCAAAGAGAUACACAAGGAGAUGGGUGGUAUAGAGAAUGUGGAGAAGCUGUUGGGCGAGAACGAGGAGGCUCGGGCUUAUCAAGAGGAAAUCAGCGAACUCCUUGCGAACAAAAUGUCCAACCAAGACGAAGACGAAGUCGAAGACGAGCUCGAUGCUCUCGAAGCCGAAGUCAACGGCACCGUCCCUGCACUGCCCGACGCGCCUGUUGCACAACCACAGUUCACACCCGAAGAGAAGGCGCAGAUGGCCAAGGACAGGGCUGCGAGAAGGGCGAGGGAAAGGGCUGCCGAGCAGGCAUCGCAGCCCAUGCUGGCGUGACGAGAUAUUGCAUUGGCGCAUAGAUUGCAUUAGAGCGUGGCGUUGGGGUGUUUUGCUGGCAUACAACACUUGGACAUGGUGCAUGUUUGCUACAUCUAUGCAUACGUACAAGAGUCUCCCUGCGACUUUGUUCUACGGCUUCCUGCAGAUGGUGACCAUGUGUGCGAAACAUGGGCAAUGAUGCGGCGUCUUGCAUGUUUGCCGUCUACGCCAGUCUCGCCUUCUCUUCACAUGCCGAGCGCGUUGCGUCAUAGCCCUUGCCCUACAACUACGCCGUCCCUCCUGCCAUCCAUCUCCAAACCACCA